GAAAAGGAGUGAUCUUGCACAGGUCGGUGCAGUGGAUGGACGGCGGCCUUCCCGCCCAGUGGCUGUGUGAGUGACGGGGCCCCGGGGCUGGUUGCCUGGCAGCAGCGUCGGCGGGCUGCAUGCAGAGAGGGCGAGGGAGGCGACUGGGCGAGCACCAUGUUGGUGGAGCUGAGCCGCUGCUCGCUGGCGCUGGUGCUGGGCGCCGGGGCCUCGAAGACGGUGCCCGACCCACACCCAGACCCGGAGCCGAAGCCGAAGCCGAAGCCGGAGCCGGAGAAGUCCCGGGACGGGCGGCAGCUUCUGGCCGAGCUGAAGGCGGAGAACGGGCGCAGCGUGUGGAACGGGCGCCUGGUGCAAGCCGUGUCGCAGCUUCGGCUGCUCGGCUGCCUGGGCGGUGGAGGAGGCGGCGGCGGCGGCGAGGUGCUGCUGCUGGGCGGCCGAGCCUCGCACCUGGAGGUGCUGAGGGAAGCCUGGAUCCGGAGAGCGCUCAGACCUCCACCCGGACUCCGCAUCAGAGCAGUAGGUGACGUGUCUCCAAUAGCAAUGAUGCCGAUUGCCCAGUCUCCGUUUGUUCCACUGACUGAAGUUCUUUGCUGUGUCAUCUCUGAGAUGAACGACAGUCACAUUACAGUCACCCAGGAAGCCCUGAUGGAUUAUUUGGUCAAAUGCUAUCCAGGGAUAGCAUCACCUUCUCAAGAGAUCCUGCAUAAUGCCCUGAGCACUCUGAUCCGGGGCAGGAAGGUUUACCACACCGAAGAAGGCUAUUUCAUCGUCACCUCGCACACCUACUUCAUUACUGGAAACGCAGGGAAGCAGGGCCGCUCAUGGGUGUUGGGUGAAGAGCGGGAUGCGUCGCUGCCUCCUGUUACCUAUCUGGUGAGCGUGGAGAGCGGUGAGGACACGCCGAGAGAUAAGGGCAGCCCUGGGAUGGCGCACUGCAAAUCCUGCUGCUGCUUCGACCAGCAGGAGCCAGGCCUCCAAGGCAAGGGCGGCUCCAAAGAGCCCAGGCCCUCGGUUCAGCACCGGGCCACCUCUACAGCGACGGGCCAACAGGAUACUGAGCCUGGCAGGGCCAAGGAGAAGGAGAACCAUGUCCGCAAGUUCCGGCUGGGCCUGUUCCGGCGCGGUGCCAAGAAGGAGGGCCCCAAGCGGCAGUACGGGACCUUCUCGGCCCAGUUCCCUCCGGAGGAGUGGCCCUUCCUCAACGAGUCAGGCCCAGGGGACAUUCCUCGGGAGGUGGAGCUGCAGAUCAUCCGGCGGGUCAAUCCCGGCCUGACGGUGGACAACCUGGUCAGGCACACCCUGCUGAUGAAGAAGCUGGCCCUGGAGAACGGCGGAGGAGCCCAGGAGCUGCCAAUCGGCAAGCCGAGGCACCGGCCCAGAGGCAGCCCGCAGAAGGGGCCACCCAGGGCCCGGCGCCAGCACAGGACGCGGGCGGCCAGGGAGAAACCGAGGCGCGGGGGCUCGCUGCAGGCCCACUCCCUGGAGGCAGGGGCCAGGCCUGAGGGAGGCCCCAGGGAGGGCAAGGGCAGAAGGGGCGAGGGAGAGCAGCCCGAGGCCCGAAUGGCCCAAUACCUGGGCAAUGGCACUCCGCCCACCCAAGUCCACAAGAGGAGGAUCGCCAACCCUUUCUCCAAGCUGCCUGCCGGGGAGCUGCCUUCGGGCAGACGCCGCGGCUCUCAGACCACCAGGCCGGAGAAGGCCAGGGCCGAGCGGCGUGGCCGGGCAGCUCGGUGCCCUGAGUCCCCGGUGGCCGCACAAGGUCCCCACUUGGCGGGGGAGGGUGUGGAGGAGACCAUCAUCAGACUCGGCGGCCACCAUCUUCCAUCGGCCGAAGACAACCAGGCGCCAGGCCGCCCGGAGAGCGGCGCUGGGGGGACGGGACGCGGGCAGGCCGGCCUCCUUACCCCUGGUCGCCCGGGGGACCUCCGCCGCCAUUCGGCCCACCAUGCGGGGUCAGCCCACCCGGAGAGCGAGCAUAAGAAGGAGGCGAGUGGGCCGCAAGAUGACCGCUUACUAAGAUGGCGGCACGGGGAACAGGACCCGACCGUCGACCUGCCUCCUCCGGGGAGCCUGGAGAGGCUCCUGACCCAUCCCGGCCGCUCCAGCACGCCGUCGGUGUGCCGAGGGCAAGGCGGCGAAGGGGACGAGGAGGAGGAGGAGGAGGGGGAGAGGAGCGAAGGCGACGAGACUCUGUACCAGAGAGAGCUGGAGGAAGACGACGCCUGCAGCUCCCUUUACCUCGACGACGCCGACAUGGCGUUGCCCUCGGCCCCAGGCCUGGCGGCUCACACCGACUGGCAGCGCACCGGCUUCGAGGGGGGGUUGGAGACGGGGUCGUGCAGCGAGAACUGGGCCCUGGGCAGCGUCCUCAUAAUGGAGGAGCAAGGGGCGGACAGCGAGAGUCUGGCCCCGUCCGAGGCGUGGUCGGACAACGAGCCCCAGCGGGUGGCGGCGGCGGCAGCAGCAGCAGCAGCAUCGCCGCGGCCGGGCUACCCCUACCCCCACCCCGAGGGAGAGGAGCGGCCGGCCGGCUGCAGAGAAGCGACAGACAAGGCCUUCACUUGCCGCCACAUCGCAGGCGCCGCCGCCGCCACGGACUCCGAAGAGCAGCCGAAAGACGACGGGUACAGAGGGCCGGCGGCCGGCCGCAAGCUCCGGGCGGUUCACCGGGGGACGAAGGCUCAGCUGGGCACUGAGCUGCCAUUUGGUCGCCACUCGCACGACGGCGGCUUGUCACAGACCAGUCAGGAGGAGCACAGUCAGCUGGAGAACCACAGCAUCACCGGCGACAGUGGCAUCGAUUCACCUCGGACCAGGGCAAGUCUGGCAUCAAACAACUCCAUUGUCUUGGGCAGCCUGAAGAGGCAGAGCCUGAUGCAGAGCUACGGGCCGCUGAGCAGCGGUGGACGAAGUGGUGUCUUGUCUCCGCACCCCUUGCUCCAACUCACGCCGGUGAUGAACGUGUGAUCCACAGACCCGCUUCCCCAGUCAACGCGCAUAAAGUACAAGAUAAACCUCGGGCCCCGACCUGUGCCUUAAGCUCUGCUUGCUGGGGAAUCCCUUCAGCUUUACACAACUUCUAGAAUUCAACACGAGUGGCCUUAAAAACAUUUCCGUUUGAGUAACGGCAGACAAAAACUACUGUGUAUUUUUACAAGUUAUAAGAUGAAAUGUUUGCACAAAGGUACUUCUAAAGUAGUUCAGAAUAAAUACUUUCCUUCAAACAAAAAAUAA